AUGGGAGUUGUGAGACAAGCGAGAGAGAGAGAGAGAGAGACGGAGGGAUGGGGAGGAACAAGGUUGGAGUACGGGAGGAUAACGACAGCGCCGAGCCCCCUUUCCAUGCCAUCAACGGGCAGGCAAAAGCAGGUAUCCGAAUACACAACACGAGACUGGCAACGGGACCAACGGGAUUCCCACGGAGCAGCAGCACUCGGGCAACAGCGCGGAACCCUGGCCACAUGGGAAGACGCAGCAGCAGACGAAAAGUGCAGCUCCAUCGCCGUGGCAGCGGCAAACAACGAGAGCAAGGCAGAAAACAAGGUGAGCCGUCGCGAAAUCAAAAAUCAAACACAACGCAAUACAACACAAAGCAGAGCAAAACGACGCAAUACAACGCAAAGCAAAGCAAAGCAAAGCAAAGACAACCCCGGUUCGGCGCAGGACUCGGCGGUCAUCAGCCUCGGAGCGGCCUCCAGCUCGUCACUCGACGUUUGUCUGCGGCCCCGCUGA